CUCCAUCUGUAUCUGUGCACAUAUUUAAAACCACAAACCAACACCUGACCUGCGUCUCUAUCUCCUCUGUAACGCACGCCAAACCAAGAUCUGAAUCAUUCUUACUCCAAGAUUCCAUCAUGGAUUUCAUGAAGGUGUUCGAUCAAACUGUCCGGGAAAUAAAGAGGGAGGUGAAUCUGAAGGUGUUGAAGGUUCCGGAGAUGGAACAGAAGGUAUUGGAUGCAACGGAUAAUGAACCUUGGGGUCCUCAUGGCUCUGCAUUGGCAGAGAUCGCACAGGCCACUAAGAAAUUUUCGGAAUGUCAGAUGGUUAUGAAUGUUUUAUGGACAAGAUUGAGUGAGACAGGCAAGGACUGGCGUCUUGUCUAUAAGUCAUUGGCUGUCAUAGAGUAUCUGGUGUCACAUGGAUCGGAACGUGCUGUUGAUGAUAUUAUAGAACAUACUUUCCAAAUCUCAUCACUCUCAAGUUUUGAAUAUGUUGAGCCAAGUGGGAAGGAUAUGGGAAUAAAUGUGAGGAAGAAGGCUGAAACCAUUGUGGCCCUUUUGAAUAAUAAAGAUAAAAUACAAGAAGUUAGAAAUAAAGCUGCUGCAAACCAGGACAAGUACUUUGGACUUUCAUCUACUGGGAUAACAUACAAGUCAGGUUCAGCGACUUCGUCCUCUCAUAGUAGUGGCAGCUAUCAAAGUAGCGAUCGCUAUGGAGGUUCAAGUGGUGUAGGAUCUGGCGAUAGGUUCAGGGAUAACUAUAAGGACAGAGACCAAUAUGAUGAAGACAAGUUUGAGAAGAAAACCUCUAGUAGGUCACGCCGUGGCAGCAGAAAGGAUCAGGAUAAUGUUUCAUCCAGUGUUAAAAAGUCAUCAUAUAAGACAAAUGACUCUGAUAAGUACAGUUCAAAUCCCAGUCAGACCGCAAGUGUACUUUCAGAUGAUUAUGAGGAUGAUUUUGAUCCACGGGGGACUUCUACUACUAAGGCUGCUGCUGGAAGCUCAAACCAAGUGGAUCUGUUUGGACAAAGUUUGAUUGGUGAUCUCAUGGAUGCUCCAGCAUCUGUUCCCGAAGAGAAGCCCGGCAUGAAUAGUGGUUCAUCAGAGGUUGAUCUGUUUGCAGAUGCAGCUUUUGUAUCAGCACCACCACAGGCAGAAACGGAAGCAUUUGCAGACGCAACUUUUGUAUCAGCACCUACCCAGGCAGACACUGAAGCAUUUGCAGAUGCAACUUUUGUAUCAGCACCACCCCAGAAAGCAACUGGAGCAAGUUCUCAAACUCAGAAUGGUGUUGAUCUAUUUGCUUCCCAACCAACCAUUUCUCAGUCGGCUUCUUCACCGGUUGACCUCUUUGCGGCCCCUGUUCCAGUUAUGCAGCCAGAAACCAAGUCCACAAGUCCUGCACCGACAAACACCAACAUUGUUGAUCCCUUUGCUGCCGUUCCACUUAACAGUUUUGAUGGAUCUGAUUUCUUGGGGGGAUUCACCUCUCACUCUGGUUCAACGUUUUCAGAACCUUCCCAAAGUUCUGCCAAUGAUGCCAGCCACAGUAAUUUGGAUAGAAAAUCUUCAGCCGACUCAAAGACACCACCCAAGAAGGAUGGUUUCCAGGUGAAAUCUGGCAUUUGGGCUGAUUCACUUAGCCGUGGACUGAUUGAUCUUAAUAUAACUGGUCCCAAGAAGGUGAAUCUGGCGGAUGUGGGGAUUGUGGGUGGAUUGAGUGACGGAGCAGAUGAAAGGGAGAAAGGACCACCAACUUCUUUUUACAUGGGUAGAGCAAUGGGAUCAGGGACGGGCCUCGGAAGAUCUGGAUUACAGGGAGCUGGAGAUGAUGACUUCUUCUCGAGUCUCAGUAGCGGUCAACAGUAUUCAUAUGGUGGUUUUCAAAAGUAGUGGUGCAAAACAUUUUUGGAGUCUCCAUAUUCUUUUGCCCGGCCAAAAUAUUCUCAUCUUAUCUUUUGGUGUGUGUGCUUAGUGUGUUAACUACCCUCGAUCAACGGAUAUUGUGAUUUGAGGGAUGUAUCAAUCACGGAUGAAGAUGUUGAUAGCUUUUUUAUAUAAAUUUCAGUGAUUGCAUUGUAUAUGUAAUUUGAGAUAUCAACGAAGUUGGCCCAUAGGGGAGUUGCGUGCUGUCCUCAGUUUGGUCAUUUAUACAUUCAUCAAUGAAUAAUGUGAUUCAAGAAACA